AUGAACUCGCGGCUCUCGGCGCUCAACAAGCUGCUCGUGGAGGAGAACGAGCUCUCCACGCGCAAGAUCUCGCAGCUCACGCUCGAAAACAUGCUCCUGCGACAGCAGGUCGCACGCCUGGAAGCGUCGCAGCAGCUCGGCGGACCGUCGCCGGGGUCUGUAGCUGCAGCCGCCGCCGCUGCUGCUGCGGCUGCGGCUGCUGCGGAUCCGAUGAAGCUCCCCGGCGCUGCUGCUGCCGCUGCUGCUGCUGCGGGAGGGCCCGUGCCCGGCAUUCCCACUGCUGUAAGCGUUCGUUCCAGCUGUUUUCGAAGCCGCACUUUUGCCACGAAAACCGCUCCAUGGCUGCCCUCCCUUGCUCAGCUCUUCCGCGUUCUCCCCUCAUACCUGCUCUUAACCCGAAACUACCCCCACCCAACUCCCCGCCCCCCUCGCCUUGCUCUCUCAAUCCCCAGCUCGUUUGAUUCCCCCCUUCCUUUAUCUCAUCCUUCCCUCACCUUCCUGCCUUUCCCCCCACCCACCCCUUGGCAUCAGGCGGUUCACCCCCCAGGAAUGCACCCAGGCCUGCCCCUGGGCCCGCCAGACAUCCCGGUUCUUCCCCCGGGAAUGCACCCCGGCCUACCGCUGGGUCAGCCAGACAUCUUUUCCCAGCUACGAGCAGCUGCGCUAGGAGGGUUGGGAGGUGUGGGAGGAGUGGGAGGGGUAGGAGGGGUAGGAGGGGAGUUUGGCGGAGGGGCAGCGGCUUUAGACGUGCUGAAGCAGCGGCAACUGGGAGCGGCACAGCAGCAGCAGCAGCAACAACAGCAACAGCAACAGCAACAGCAGCAGCAGCAACAGCAACAGCAACAGCAACAGCAGACACAGCAAGCAGAGCAGCAGCAGCAGCAGCAGUUGCUCCCAAGGCUGGGGUUUGUAGGCACCAAUCUGACAUCAGACUCUGCAGUCACCGGCUCCAAUCCUGCUGGCGACCCUGGCGCCUCUGGCCUGCUGCCCAUAGCGGAGCAAAUUUUAUCCGAGUUCACUUUUGAGUCGACUCAAGAGUCAACUCGAGUUCCUCAAUGGCCAUUGAGGUGUAUUGUGAGGCGCCUCAAUGGCCAACGCCACUGGCGCGUCCCAUGGACGUCUCAUGCCCCUGCCACUUCCCUGACCGUUCCCGUUCUCCUCCUGCCCCCAUGCCUUGUCUCCCUCCCCGUGUCCCCUUCACCCCCGCUGCCCUCCAGCCUGCUGCCCAUAGCGGAGCAGAUCCUGUCGGAGUUCCUGGCCAAGGCCACUGGCACGUCCAUGGACUUCGUCGAGAUGCCGGGCGUCAAGGUCGGAGCCGGCUACAUAGGCAAGGUCACCAUCGCAUGUGGAGGGCCCGGUGUUGCAGCUCGGGCGGCUGGCCUCGUCCUGCUGCCGCCCAGCAAGGCAGCAGAGCUGCUAAAGGACCGAGUGGCGUGGCUGAGGGAGUGCCGCCGCUGCGACGUGCUGGGGGGCUUCCGCACGCCCAAUGGGGGCACUGUUGAGCUCGUCUACACCCAGAUGUACGCUCCAACCACGUUGGCCCCUCCGCGUGACCUCUGCACUUUACGCUACACCUCUCUUCUAGAAGACGGCGUGGUCAUCUGCGAGCGGUCGCUCAGCAACGCGCACGGGGGCGCGUCCAUGCCGGCUGUGCCGUCGUUCGUGCGAGCCGAGAUGCUCCCCAGCGGCUACCUCAUCCGCCAGUGCGACGGGGGAGGCUCCGUCAUCAUUGCUGUUGACCACCUCGACCUGCAGGCGUCCAGUGUACCAGAGGUGCUGCGGCCGCUGUACCAGUCGUCAGCAGCGCUGGCACACCGAAUGACCAUAGAGGCCCUGCGCUACCUGCGCAAGGUGGCCAACGAGGGGUCGGGAGGGGGCGGUGGUGAGGCCACCAGCGGGGAGGGCGGGGCGGCGGGCAGCAGGGCUGAGUCGGGGCGGCCGCAGGACCGGCAGCUGACAGCGUGGCGCGCGAUCGCAGAGCGCAUCGCCAUCCUACCAAUCCGCCUUUCUCCCCCCUCCCCGCUUCCUCUUCUUAUGCAGGGGAUUCAACGAGGCAGUGAAUGGGUUUACAGACGAUGGGUGGGAGCAGAUGCCUGGGGAUUCAACGAGGCGGUGAAUGGGUUCACAGACGACGGGUGGGAGCAGAUGCAAGGAGACGGCAUGGAUGACGUCACCCUUGCUGCCAGAGCCACGGGCGCCGGGGGGAAGGCCGCAGGGGGGAUGGGGGGAGGGGGAGAUGCGCCUGGGCCUGUGGGCGGGGGAGUGCUGUGCGCCAAGGCAUCCAUGCUGCUGCAGGUUGAACGUGUCCCCGGUGCUCCUGCGCAAAACGUCUCCCCAGUGCUGCUGAUCAAGUUCCUGCGUCACCAUCGCUCCGAGUGGGCAGACGGCACGAUAGACGCCGACUCAGCAGCAGCCGUGCAGGCGACCAUGGGUGCCCGCGCUGCUGCUGCCGGCGCCGGCAAAGUGCCUCUGCCACUCGCCUAUGCUGUUGACCAGGAGGAGAGAGAGAGAGCGGGUGGGCUGGCUGGUAUGAUGGGUUCAGCAGCGGCAGAGCAGGCCACCAUGGGUGCUCGCGCUGCUGCUGCUGGAGGGACUGGGAACGUGCCUCUGCCACUCGCCUAUGCUGUUGAUAAGGAAGAGGACCAAGCUCGUGAAGCUCGAGCCAGCUGCUGCCACACGAGGGAUGGCAGGAGCGAGAGAAACGUUUCUGCUGCAGCCGCACUCUCUUUCUCUUCUCUAUUCCGUUUUGCUUCUCCCCGUUCCCCUCACUCUUCGCCCCACCCACCCCGCUUUCCUACCUACCCUCCCUUCUUGCCGCUCCUCCCUACUCCCCCUCCCUCCUCCCCGCUUCCACUUGUUCUCCCCUCCCCAUCCCCCCCUCCCCUCUUCUCUCUUCCUCUCCCCCUCCCCUCUCCCCCGUUUUCCCAUGUGAUAUCGCAGCUCUGCAGCGGCAUCGAGGACGACAGCACGUCAGGCUCCAUGUCAGCAUCAUCCGCCACGUCAGCGCCGCCGCACAGUGCGACAGCUCAGCUGGUCUUUGCCCCCGUGGAUGCAGCUUCCACGGCUGACACCGUUCCGCUGCUGCCAUCUGGCUUCCGAGUCAUCCCGCUCUCACUGCCACCCUCCCAGGACGGGCAAACGCUAGACCUGGCAGCAUCAUUAGACAAGCAGUCGCAGCCGUCCCAGCAGCAGCAGCUGCGAUCAGUGCUCACCAUCGCCUUCCAGUUCGUGUUUGACUGCCCGGCAGCCAAGGAGGGGGUGGCCAACACUGCCAGGCAGUAUGUGCGGUCAGUGCUGGGAAAUCUCGGCCUGCCCGGGCUUUCAACCGGCGGGCAGGGAGCAACAGGAAUGGGGAGUCAAGGAGCGGGUUCAAGCCUGGGGCUGAAUUCAAACCCAGCUGCUGCUGCUGCCGCUGCGGCUGCUGCAGCAGCAGGUACGAACAGUGGGGCCCUAGGGUUCCCUGGUGCUUCCCUUGCUGGUCUCAACAUCCCCGGUCUCGGGGGGCUUUAUUCCAAUACCCCCGGAUUUGGAGGGUUACAAUCCAACACGCCCUCCGGUCUCAACGCCUCUGGUCUAAACACAUCGGGAUUCCCAGGAGGCUUUCCUGCAGGGAUGAAUGCAGCAUUGCUUGCAGGACCCUCCUCCUCCUCUGCUGCCCCCACCACCACUGCUGCCACCGCCGCCGCUGCUGCUGGUGCCACGGGUGCUGCAGCGUUUUCGGCCUUGGCAUCUGGCCUCGGUAUUGGUUCUUUUGGCAACAUGAACGGGCAAGGAGUGGGCGGUUUGAACGGGCAGGGAGGCCUGAUGAAUCAAGGAGUGCUGGGGGGGUUAGGAAUGGGAGUGGGAUCUCUUGAUCCCAAUCGCUCCCCACCUGUCCCUCUCCCCUCUACUGCUGCUGCUGGUUCUUUUCAAACCGCUGCAGCUGCUGCAGCUAAUGCAGCAGCGGCUAAUAACGCUGCAGCUGCAGCGGCAGCAGCAGGGAAUCUUAGAUCUCCUGACGCUCGGCCGCCCGGCAUGCCCAGCAUGGCCGGACGGCUCCAUCCGUCUGCAUCUGGCGCAGCUACAGUCGCUACAGCCUCUGCCGCCCGAUCUCCCAGUGGUGCUGUAGCAGCCCUGGCGGGAGGUGCGGGGGAUGUUUCCGGACCUAGCCGCGUGGUUGGGGACGGCUCCGGGCCUAACCGUCUGGGUGGGGAGGGUUCGGCUGCAUUGGGGGUGAUAGGCAUGGGAAUGGGGAUCGGGGGAGGGUUGGGAGAGGUGAAAGGGGGAGGAAUGGGGGGAGGGGGGCCAGGAGCGGGAGGAGGGGUUGGGGAGAAUGGGAGAGGUGGCCGUGGGGUUGGACUGUCCGCUGCAGCAGAAACAGUCUGCUCCUACAUCCAUCAUUUCUCCACACUUCCCCCCUCCCCCCCCCCCUCCCCUUUCCUCCGUCCCUCUCCCCCCCCGUCCUCCCUCUCCCCCCCCGUCCUCCCUCUCCCCCCCCGUCCUCCCUCUCCCCCCCCCUCCUCCCUCUCCCCUUGUCCUUCCCUUCCCCACCAUGGCAGGGUGGCAGUGGGGUCACACCUGUCGCCAGCAGCAGGGGCAGCGCUAGCAGGGGGGGACUUAACCUCGCCUCAGUUAUCCUUCUCACUCCACUUCUCACUUGCCCCACCUCGCCUGCGCUUCCCUCAACCAUAUUCUGAUAGCCUCCUAACCUGCCCUUCUCCCAUCCCUGCCUUUUCCCAUCCCUGCCCCUUCCCAUCCCUGCCUUUCCCAUACCUGCCGCUUCCCAUGCCUCCCCGUUGGUCCGCCCACAGGCAUCGCCAGAGCUGCUCCUAG